AUGUCUUUGUCAAGUAAUAUUGCGGAACAAUUAAAUGAAAAAACUAAGACCAUUGAAUUUUUUUCAUUAGCACUCGACGAAUCCACUGAUAAUAGUUUCACAGCUCAACUUCUGAUAUUCAUACGAGGUGUUACUCAAGAUUUUGAAGUCUUAGAAGAGUUAUUAGGAAUGUGUUCAUUGAAAGGUCAAACCAGAGGAGUUGAUAUACUCAAUGUACUUUUGGAUGAGUGUUCAAAAACUGAUUUGGACUUAUCAAAAUUAUCAGGAGUUGCGACUGACGGUGCUCCUUCGAUGAUUGGUGUCAAUUCUGGGCUAGUUACUUUGCUGAAAAAGCAUCUGCAAGAAAAAAACAUAAAUGCUGAAGAUUUCAUGCAGUUUCACUACAUUAUACACCAAGAAGCCCUCUGUUCUAAAAAAAUUGAAUUUCAAAAUGUCAUGAAAGUGGACUGUAAAUUUCAUAAAAUCACGAGGACUCAAUCACAGGCAAUUCAAACAAUUCCUUGA